AUCAAGUCACUCCGUGCACCUACCUAUCUGCCAACUACCUUCAGACCGAUCUGCCUACUACCCCUCCUUGAGACUACCAGCGCGGCAAUUCGAAACAGUUUACCAGAAUAUCGCGCUAGUUCUUAGCCGACUUGUCCGGCGAACGGAAACAACCGUCUCGUAACGCUAUUCCUGGAGGAGAAGACACUGCCUAACGCGCAAAAACGAAAUGAAAUUCAUAACCCUAGUCGCAUUUAGUUUGGUCCUGGUGGCCACAGUCUUCGCUCAGGACUAUAGUCAACUUUUUGCUGGCUUUGGACCUUACCUUAGACUCACUUCCGGAAUGAGGGAUCCAAGGUCAAACACAGGGCCAGUGCUCUUUCCUCCUGGGCCAGAGUCGAAUCCUGCCGAGACCAGCGGAGUAGUAGUAGGCGCCAGCGGUUUCGGAUUUGUGCCACCCAAUUCAGCUUUCUUCGCCUAUUUCUACUAAUUUGAAAUUUCUAAGAAAUGCCAUGAUUUAGUCGGAUGUCGAGGUCGAAUUACCAUGGUCCAGAAAUCUCAAAGACCGGAAGAAAGAUGGAUGUCCUCGAUAAUUCGAAAAAAACUUCGCAAUUCUAAUUUUGCGGAGGCAGGGGAUGACUUUCACUAAAAAGAUAGAACUUUUACUCCGCUUGUGAACAUAAAUCAAUUUCAAAUCCUGAAAUCCGGCAUGUAUUUUUACAACUAUAUUUACAUAAUUUAUGAUGAAAAUUUUAGAAAAUUAUUUCUUAUAAUUAGUUUUUUCAAGUGCAAGUUAAGGUAUAACAAUUUUUAUUUAGAAGCUGUGUUAUAUGCUGAUAAGCAAAGAAAGGAUUGAAUAUACUAAAUAGGUGCGAUGGACGCAUGCGACCAGAGUCAUUAAUGUAAUAUUUAUUAUUAUGUAAAAUAUAGACUCGUUACUACUUAGGAAAGUAAUUAUGAAUUCAAAGAUCAGCGAGCAUCAAACAUCGACAAGGUCGAUUGCGCACGCAGUAUCUUACCUAGGAGGCCUCUCUCCCAUAUGUGAAUAAUUGUUAAUUAUAAAUUUCUUGCGUUAUUGUAAAUAAUGUGCAAAAUGUUCGACGAUUGUUUCCUUAAAGGCAAGGUACACCGAAUAAAUAUAUAAUAAAGCAUUUAAUUUUAAAA